GUAGUGUAAGCGCCCGCCAUUACAGGGCAAGUAAACAAAGGGGGAAGCUGAGACUCUUUAACAAAAUGACGCUUGUUUAACUACAGAGAAGCCUAGGAAACAGUUUUCCACUCCAAAGGAGGAUGGCAGGUGGUGAAGGUGUGGGUGUUGGUGCUGCAAACAGUGCUGCUGUGUGCCCAGUAUGUGGGAACAACCAGCCAAACCUUACACAGCACUUGUCUCGUCACAGCAAGGAGGAAAUAAUUCGUGCUGUCACCAAUGAAAGCACAUUACCAGAAUUAUCCAGCCGACGACCGCCAGGGCGUCCACGUCGACCCUCUUAUCCUCUACCAGCUGUGGCCAAUGUAGCACUUAUUUCGCCCAGACCCACCACCAGCCAGACACCAGUAUUGCUUACAGGGAAUCAAAGUCAUGAGCCAUCUUUGGGAGGUCCUCUGGGGUCCAUCCCACAGGCUGCUGCCACACCACACCCGCCACCUGUUCAGACUGUCCGACUUGGAUCCCUUGGGCCUAUGAUGCAGCCUCCUCGUAAUGCUGUACCGCUUGCUGCUGCUCCCCUGCAGCAUGGUACAGCAGGAAGUAGUUACCUUCUUAUUGGCAAUAAUAUGUUUCCAGCAGGAAGUGUAAUACCUAACAAUAUACAGCUUUGGAACAAUGGAGUUAGUUACCUUAUUCCAAGUUCUGGGGGCCUCAUGUUGGCUGCUACUCCUCCUACUAACCAAACUCUUCUUGUUCAGCCACCAACUAGUACAGCACAAGCAACACCCAUAAAACUACAACCUCCCACUCCUGUCUCUGUUCCUGGGACACCAAAUCUAGUGGGGGGAAUAUAUGGCGGUAUACCAAGGAGACCACCUCGCCAACACAUACCUGAUCCUGUACUCUUGGUUGAAGAACCAUGUUCUCAGCCAACGCAAGAUGGCAUAGUUGCAGGAGAUGGUAGUUGCAGACAAGAUAUGAUUCCUAAUCCAGUAGUUAUGACUGGUGAGAGAAACCCAUUAAAACUUCCAGAAGAUGAACCCCCUGAGACCCAGGAACAACCAAAUCCUAAAACUACCAUACACAUUGGAAAGAACAUCAGCAUAUCAUUACCGAAGGACCUUGUAGGGAAGAAGGAUCGUCUGAAAGAAAUAAUUAACCAGGUGUUAGUGAGAGCACUCCUAAUGAAUGAUAACCAAGAGAAUGGAAAUGCUGAUAAUGAACCUUCUACGAGUUCUGGCAAAAGGAAAGUAGACUCUCUUCAUCCUAAAAGUGAGCCAAAUGGUUUUGAUAUAAAAGAUGAUGCUUCUGCUGUCUCCUUUAAUGCUUUAAGAAGAAACUCUGAGGAAGGUUUAGAUGAAAAUCCCAUUAGGCUAGAAACUCAAGAAAAUUCUAAUGCACUUCCUUUAAAUCGAGAACAUCACUUGGCUGAUAGGAAGCUCAAAGAGGAUGUAGAUCCUCUAGGAAAUAUAGUUGUACCAUCAUCAAGUAGAUGCAGGAAUAUCCCUAAUUUUCAGGAUGCAUCUAGUAUCCAUAUUGAUCCAAAUGUACCUUCUCCUGCUCAUAACAUAACAAUUGAAAAUGGUUUGGACGAUAGUUUCAGUCAGCAUGAGAGUGCGAGUCCAUACAGCAUACCUGUUGAUGAGCCUAUGGAAGUUAUUUUUGAAGACCGAGGCUCAGAUAAUCGUGCAACUUCAGGUGCUAACACCAUGUCUCCUAACAAUAGCAAUAGUGCAGAGCUAACCUCAAGAGAAGAGCAGGUGGCCUUUCAGAGGGAUGGCAGUGAGCUUAUCAUAGGGUUAGCUACAAGUUCUUCUGUGAUGGAGGAAAUCCGAAUGAAAAGAAACAGACGGAAUGAUGUGGAUUCCAGUGUGGCCAUGGACGUCUGUAACUCACCAAGGGCUUCAUCCAGCAUAAGUCAAGUGAAUCAGACCUCAGGGAGUGGGAAUCAAAGCAGACAGGUAAACAGAAACGAAGACCAAGAUGGUGUCAUGUGUUGCGAUGAUGAUCAGCCAUUGAGUUUUUUGGCUUCAGAUCGAACGUUAAAUACUCUGUUAGGAGAUUCCACACUCCAGGAAAUGGUGUAUGUUGAAGAGCAGGUUUUAGGAGCAGUUGAGGAGGUGUUUGCCGGUGACACUCCAAGCUUACCUGGAACUAGCUCAAGCCAUAAUAUAAAUGGAACUUCAACUCCAAAAACAACAAGGAAGGGAAAUCACUCAUAUAUUGGUGUAUACCAGGAAGAACAGUGUGGUAAUGCUGCAGCUGAAAAUAGUCACAGAGAAAAGAAUCAGGAUAUUAAAUGCAAGAUUGAACCCCAGCCUGGUUCUUCAUCACAAAAUUGUUCAUCUUCAGCGAGGAGGGGGGCACCACCAUACGUAAAUCAACUAUCACAAAGUCAGCCUGUAGCAAGACCUCCAAACCACAUGGGAAAUAAAGUUGAAGCUUCAAGCCAUGAGCAAGAAGAAGAGCUGGUUGAUGAUCCUAGUUUGGUGGAAGAUUUUGGAAAUGAGAACAUUUUCCAAGAUGAGCAGAUGUUUGAGAGAGAGCUCAGCAACCAGCACACAGAAGAAGUCAUGUCUCUGAAGGCUUCCGAAACUCUUGCUGACAGUGAUAGUGAGAGAACAACACCACAUGAGGAACUUCAAGAUUUCAUGUUUUAUGACCGGAGUUGUAUGUUUGCUGGAGAGCCUGGGCCAGCAAACCUGUCUCCGAGAACUUACCCUUCUAUAGACUCUUCAGCCUUCCAUGCAUUGACACCUGCUCUCAUUACUCAUCUUGACCAUGCAGUGCAAAUUGACUCAGGACAAACAAGCAGUUUAGGUGGAUUGGUGGGAGAACAGUCAGAGGAAGGUGUUGUUGAAUUGGCCUCUACAGAGACCACAAUGCACCUCGCAUCAGAUGACUGUUGCUCAGUUUUGCCAUCUGAUGGCAUGAGUAUUACCCAGUUAUUCCCAUCAAACCACCACCAUGAUACCUCAGUGGUUACGACAGCCACCUCCUCUGUGACUGUGUCACAUUCUAGCAGUAUAAUGGCAACUUCAGCAGCAACAUCGCAAGUGACUUUUGCUGAUCUCGUGGAGGACUCCAAAAUGCAUUCAAAGAUGCUGGUUGUGGAGAGCAGCUGCACCACAAUCAACCGCCAGUUAUCGCCUGUGCCAUCAACAUCAGGACUACAAGGUGCCAAUAAUCAGGAAACCACAAAGGAGGAUGAGGAGUAUGACUUUGAGUAUGAAUCUGACUGUUAUGGAGACAGUGAUUCUGAUUCUGGUGUGACCAAUCGUGGCCCACUAGAUCUGGAUCACUGGAAGUGUGUUGUGUGUAACAAAAUGUUCAAAAGCCUAAAGGAAAAGCUCCUCCAUGCUGGCCAGCACUCACCAUGUGCAGAGGCCAUGGAGAAGUCUGGUGCCAUUAGGAGGGCAAGUCAAGUAAAGUCUGCUGAACGUGGUAUUAAGAAUGAUAAUGAAGAAGAUGAAUCAGGGAUAGCUUUAUUACAGUGUAAGGAAGAAAUGGGACUGUUGCAAGAUGAAGCUCGGGCUAUGCUAGAGUCUUGUGCAAGCAAUGGGGAAUAUAAGUGCCCUGAAUGUAGCCUGGGUUUCCGCUCAGCAGAAGCACUUCUUGCCCACAGGAAAAUGGUUUUCAAAUCACGAGUCACAUGUCAAAUAUGUCACAUGAUGUUUGAAAAACGUGUUAUAAAGAGUAAACAUAUGAAGACUCACACUGUAGCAGAUUUGCGAUGUCUUAUUUGUAACCGUACUUUUCCAAAUCGGUACUCAUGGUCCCAGCAUCAGCUUUUCCAUAUGGGCUUGGUAUUGUUUGAAUGUAAGGAAUGUGGGCGAAGGUUUCAGAGAAGAUCAGAAUUGGAGGUACAUUCAAGGACCCACACAGGGGAGCGACCAUUUCAGUGUGUUUCAUGCAGCAGUGCUUUUACAACACGUCAGGCUCUUAAACGCCACUUGGUUACUCAUAUGGAUGGCCAAGAAGUUGAUUGUGAUAUCUGUCAUAAAACCUAUAAAAAUAUUGUUUGUUUAAGCAAACAUAAGCUUAAAACACACUCCAAAGGGAAAGGUAAGACGAAAGUACGAAGGGACUUUAUGUGUAAUACAUGUAAUGAAGUGUUUCCUUCAGAAAGAAAAUUAGCUUGGCAUCAAGAGACUCAUGAAAGAUGGCCAAAGAAAUGUCAGCAGUGUGGGGAAUGCUUCAUUCACCAGUCCAGCUUAACUAAACACAUUCGUCAGAAGCACAAUCCGCAUCAUCAGACCGAGGAUGGUAAAUCAGAAAAUAACUCAACUUGUCAUGUAUGCUGCAAAGUGUUUAAGAAAUCAUCAUUAGCAUUGCAUUUACGAACGCAUACUGGUGUAAAGCCUUUCAAGUGCAAUAUAUGCAAUAGAAGUUUUGCUGUGAAGUGCAACCUUGAAGCACACAAAUGGGUCCACAUGGGUGUACGUGACCGGCCACAUAAAUGUAAAUUGUGUGAGCGUAGCUUCCAUCGUAAAAAGGUUUUGGAAGCUCACAUACGCAGUCACAAGAACAUUCGUCCUUACACGUGUAAUGAGUGUGGAAAAUCGUUCAUUCAUAAGAAUAAUUUGCAAUUGCAUGUUAGGGAACAUUCUGGGGAAAAACAGCACAAGUGUGUCUUUUGUGGGAAAGCUUUCUUCAGAAAGUAUAACUUAGAUAACCAUGUCAGAACCCACACAAGAGAGACGCCUUAUGAGUGCACCAUCUGCCGAAAAGAGUUCAGUCAAAAGAGCAAUUACAAUGUACAUAUGAAGGCAUUCCAUGUCGAGAGACAUACUGUUCAUGAAGAAGUUUAAGAGAGUAAAUACAGAGUAAUAGUAGUUGGAAUAUUGAUGUACAAAUGUCUAGUUUCCAUGAGUGAAGCAUUAAUGAUGAUGAAAUUUUGAUAAUUAUCAUGUUGUUCAUUGCCUCAUUUGUAGAUUUGUUAUUUUUCUAAAGUUAGGAAAAUUGAUUGAUUUACUGUACUGUGUUAUUAGGGGGAAUAAGAGGAGUAUUUUUUAGAACCUCGCUAAUCUGCAAUACAUUAUCAGAACCAGUCCUUAAUGGUCUUUCGUAAUUGUCAUGAAUUUUCGAAAUUCAAGGAAUCUCUCAGUCACAGAAAUGUGCACUGCUUUAGCCU